AUGUAAAUGUAAUGUAAAAUUUAAAUGCACCAUGUUGCUAUUACUCACAAUUACAUGGGGAAAUGACUUGAGUCAAAUGACCAAUAUUUGUCAACUCAACUCAGAAAUAAUCAAAAGCACCGUUCAAGGGCUUCUCCUUGGCAUUGACGUCAUCCGACAUGUUUCUCUCUCUAUUGGUCGGCCCGGUGUGUCUGUCGCUCCUGGUCCCGCCCGUUCCUGCCGAUGCCGUAUCCUGAAUGGCUGACAGGGCCCAGCUUCGGGGCGGACUUCCCGGUGCCCCCGCCCUACAGCGUGGCCACCUCCCUGCCCACCUACGAUGAGGCGGAGAAGGCCAAGGCCGACGCCAUGGCUGCCCACCCCCUGGAUGUUCUGAUGCAGCGGGACGAGGACUUCCCCCCCAGGGACGACUUCAGCGAGGCGGACCAGCUCCGUGUGGGCAACGACGGCAUCUUCAUGCUGGCCUUCUUCAUGGCCUUCCUGUUCAACUGGAUCGGCUUCUGCCUCUCCUUCUGCCUGACCAACACCAUCGCAGGACGCUACGGCGCCAUCUGUGGCUUCGGACUGUCCCUUAUCAAGUGGAUCCUGAUCGUCAGGUUCUCAGACUAUUUCACCGGCUACUUCAACGGCCAGUACUGGCUGUGGUGGAUCUUCCUGCUCUUCGGGCUCAUGGUGUUCUUCAGAGGAUUCGUGAACUACCUGAAGGUGCGCAACAUGUCGGAGAACAUGGCCAGCUCCCACAGAACCCGCUUCUUCUUCCUCUGCUAGAGGGUAGCCGUGCCAAUGCGCCCCCUCCCUGACUGUGAAACACACCUUCCCUCCCCACUACCCGUUGAUCGAUCGGAAGACCUCCGACCAAACAAGGAGACAAGGUUGGAGGAGAGAAGGGAAGGUCGUGUUGAUGCUUUCAGUUAGUCAAACGUUCACCGACGACGUCCUUUUGAUAGCGUCGCUUCUAACGUACCCGGAAAGCAUUCCCUUUUUGAUGAGCUCAUUUCCCGCUAGCUUCCCAGCGUUCCCAUUUGCUUGGUCCCCUAAUUCCGAUCUAAAGCGUUUUUUAUUAGAGUUUAAUAACCGUGUCAUCAUAAGCAGUAGCCAUGUUAAGUUUUACAUAUCAGCGAUUGUUAUCGGAUUCUCUAUAUCAGCGACGUGAAUCGAUCGCGGGGUAGUGUAGUGAUUUCUUUACUGUCCUACGUGUGAAGUUUAACGAUUAUAUGCAUGCCAGUGUUGCGUAAAAUCGAUUUGGUUUAUGAUUUUUUUUUUUUAUAUGUUUCAGUUAAAGUAAUUAACAGAAACAAGGUGCAGUUAUGAAAAUCGCAGUGCGAGGGUCACUUUUGGUGUCCAUGAGUUACUUUGACAGGAUAUCCUUUCUAAUGACAGCAAAAACCAUGGCACUGCAAACCCUCAUGAAUUCUUAAUGUUGCUCAACACUCACCAUCUUUAUUUUAAACAUAUCUGUACGACAUCUUCAAGAUUUCACCAACAACCAACAUUGAGCAAGGUGGGGGUUUGAGUUUGAGUCGAGUUUUUGGGGUGCAAACGUUUUUAUCAGGUUUGGGUCUCAGUUGGCGGAUUGAAUUCUGCGUCUCACUUAUUUAGUGACGGGUAAACGAUAAUGGAGGUAUCCAGUGAGUCAGAUGUAGGAGAACACUGUGGGUUUACAGAUGGCUAACUGAAUGCUAACUUGCAUUAGCACAGUGGACUUUGAAAGGAGAAUUACACUUAGACAUUCCUGUACAGGCAACCCUCCCGCCUCUUCCCCCGAAGCGUCUCGAUGAUUCGGUCUUUACCGCAGUCUGUCGCUCAACUCGUUGUGUGAGAAAUACACGAUUGUCUGUAAAUGUAGCCGUUUGUGUUGGUUUGAGAAAUACACACUCGUUUGUUUUACAUUGCUGUUCAAGAGCUUAAGCUCACUGGACAAACUUUCGACAAUUAAAAAGCACGUUGGCAAUCGUUACCGUUUUUUUUUAUUUUUGAAAAUAUAAAACACAAGUCCGCACUUUACGUUUGCCGAAUUAGCUUGUCCCUUCCCCUUCUUCCCUUGGAGGGUUAUCCUCUUGAGAACAUAGGUACAUUUGACUGUUGAACGUUGAUGUGUGAUGGUGGUCCGACACCGUGGUGGUCUCGCAGUUGUCUGACACUGAACAGAUGACAUACCUUAAUACACUAAUAGACGACCAUCUAGGGGCCAUGUUGGUUUGUGGGGGUGGGGAAGUCUUCCAGUAGACAUCUCUGGACACCAUGACGACUCAAUGCAAUACUUCUAGUUCUGGACUGCAUUCACCCAUGACAACCAUGAGUUGUCAUGGUUUCGCCAAAGAUUUCAACACCCAACCGAAUCAAAAUGGUCGAUAGGUAAUUCAAUUCCUCUGGCGUUUCUUGACUUGCGUGCAUCUCAUCAUUUACUCACCUGGAAGUCGCGCUACAAUUUGACUCGGUCGAUUUGGUUUGUUGACAUUUAUGUAUUUGUCUUUUCCCUAGCCCAGGCAAUAGAAUGAUAUGUACAAUGACACUAGAUGUGUGGCGGAGGUAGUGGUGAGGAUGUGUGCAGAGUGGUGGGAAAUAUCUUGUUUGUUCCCAUAGUUGUGGAGAUUUUUUAUUUAGGGCUUUCUAUUGUUGAUUUUUAGAUAUUUUACUACGUACGGCAUUUUCAUGAGGCAAGUCUUAAAACAAAUGAGGCGAGCGGUAAGUCUGGAGAGUUCCUAACUAAUCUGUUCAUGGAUAUCGGAUUUCGAAGAUGGACUGCAAAUUCUGGAUUCAGUCACUCGUUAACUUGUUUCCACGUCAGUAACUCAUCAAUUCCAUGUAACUCGUAACCUUCUGAGUUGCCACGAUAACUCACAAUAAAUUUCAUAAGAUUUGCACGUCAUUCCCAGACAUUUUAGUCACUUUUUAAACGUAAUUAGGAAUCUUACUAUGACAUCAUUGGUAUUUAUUUUUCAAAACCUAUUUGUGCAAACAAAACUCCUUUUCCUCUUGAUUUUGGAUCCCUAUUAUUCAGAUGACUUUGCCCUGGUGUUUUGACUCUUGGAAUUCAUGUCAUCUCAUAACAAUGAAUUAUAUAGCUAUAAGUAAAUAAAUAAAUAGAUACAUGCACUUUUCUGAUGUGUGUUGAUGAUGCUGAUUUCUGAAUCUACAAAAGUCGAUGUGAAAGGUACGCCUAAAGUUAUCUCAGCAUUUGUUGUUUUGGUUUUUGGUUUGUUCGUUUUGUUCAACUGGAUUUUGCAUGAUGUCAAACUAGCGAUCAGCCAAAUAAGUGGGUAUCUUGCAUUUUGCACUUUUAAUUUCAAGAUUAUUGUACUUGUGUGCGUGUUUUUUGUGACACUGCCGAAGCUGACAGUAUCCCAGAUUGAUUGCCACUAAUUGUUUUAUUUAGAUUUUAUGCGUUCUAAAACCGUGUGAGAUUAUGCAUAGUUCAACCUCGACUCUCGCUCAGCAAUACCAUCAUUUCUUAACAAAAAAAGAUAUAAACUCCGGUGCAUGUCAUGUCUCCACCCACAUCGAGUGGAUAUUAAUAUCGGUACUUUGGGAGAUUCAGUGGUGCACUUAGCGUUUGUUUGUGAUAAGAAAUUAGGGCUGUUAGGCUCCACUUUACGUAGGUUAAGUUAGUUCUUAUGAGGAUCUCUCCCUGUGAAAGCGGUCGAUUUUAAUUGUUGCAGUUCAAACUGGAACUGAACUGAAAUGCCUGUCAUGCUAACGAUGCCAAUAAAGUACAGAAACCCCGCC